CUGUACGUGUAUUUCGUCAUUUCUCUGACUCAAGGUUUUGAGAACAUUUCCUCAAUCUUCACUUAAAUAUUUGUUGUUGCUUAAUGUAUUGUACUGUGUAGCGUACUACAGUUCGUGAUAUUUUGUUUCCUUUAGUUUAUCGGUAGCGUCAGAAAAUGGAAUUAACUUUGUGAUUACUUUCUUUUCUCGAGUUUAACGCGGAGAUUAACAACGGCCGUUGGAUAACUGUGAUUUUACCAUAAAUAUGGCAUCAAAAUUGAGUAUAGUUUAUGAGGAGAUCCCAGUAACCGCUUUAAACUGCAGUUUCCGAAAGAAACUCGGGCUGUAUUUGAAUCCAACAAACACAGUGGCAGCAGACUGGAGGACGGUUGCCGAAAUGAUGGACUUUACCUACCUGGAGAUCAAAAAUUUCGAGAAAAGAGACUAUCCCUUUGAAAAGGUCCUAACGGAGUGGGAAACUCGUCCAGAGGCAACAGUAGCAAGUCUACUGUCGUUUUUAGAAAAAGCUGAACGGAAAGAUAUUAUAUCAGACCUCAAAGAAAUUAUAGAUGAUGACUGCAGGAAGUAUUUGGAAAGACAGCAGAGGAAGCCUGUCCAGGUUCCGGUGGUGGACAGCUGUGGGCCGCGCACACAGGAACGAGAAGGCAUCACGCUGUUUGAUGAUCCACAAGGAAUUACACCGGAGACCUUUGAUGCUUUCAUCUGCUACUGUCAGAGUGACUUCCAGUUUGUGCAUGAGAUGAUAAAACAGUUGGAACAGACCGAAUACAACCUGAAACUGUGUGUGUUUGAUCGAGACGUCCUUCCUGGCACAUGCGUGUGGACCAUCGCCAGUGAGCUCAUAGAAAAAAGGUGCAAGAGGAUGGUGGUGGUCAUUUCUGAUGAUUAUCUGGACAGUGAUGCAUGUGACUUUCAGACUAAGUUUGCACUCAGUCUUUGCCCAGGAGCUCGGUCUAAACGCCUAAUCCCUGUGGUCUACAAAUCCAUGAAGAGGCCUUUUCCCAGCAUUCUCCGUUUUCUGACCAUCUGUGAUUACACCAAACCCUGCACACAGAUCUGGUUCUGGAAGCGGCUGGCCAAGGCGCUCUCACUGCCCUGAUCUCCUCUAUAGACACUGUUAAAGCUUUACUAUGCAGUCAUCACUGGGUACAACUACUCUCUGAAGGAUGAAGGGAAAAUACCUAGUGAUUUGUGCUUGCUUGGGAGAGUUUCUCAGACUCAGUAGCGAGUCCAGCUUAUGAACUUUCAAGAAAGGUACUUUACACCCGCCUUAAUCAAAAGGUUGCUCAGCUUUUCAGAGCAAAUCCCUACAGAUGGUUAUUCAUUUUCGUUUCUUGUCACAUUUACAAUUUGCAGCGGUGGGUUUAUUUUAGUGCUUUUGCAGGUGAGAUCUAAAUGUGCAUCAACUAUUUUGUUUGUAUGAAAUGAAUGAAAUAUAUUUGUGCAUGUUAUGUUUGCUCUUUGUACUCAACCUUUCUUGCUAAGUUAGCAGCUUAACGCAGAUGAACAGAUUUUAAUUUUUAUCUCGGUCACAGUCACAGUCAUGGUUGGUUAACCAUGUUUUUAUGUCUUCAGUACCUCAAACUUCCUUUGACAGAACUUGCUUAUCAAUCUGUUAGAUCAGAACUUUUAUAUUUGUUAUGCAUUGUACAUGCAGAUGAAUAUAUAUCGGCUGCUGUGCAUAUGGCAUUGAUGGUUACUCAAAAGCAUAUUCAUAUUUCACAGAUCAGGUCUGUGUAUAUAGAUCAACUUGCCACAUUUACCACACUUCCUGUUCGGGGAAACUCUACUGAAGCGGUGAGAAAUUCGUCUGAAAAAAAAAUCUUCUGAAGCUGAUAAGGAAAACAAACGAGUAGCAACUUCUGCUGCAAACAUUGCAGAUUUUAAGAUAGAAAUGUGUUUGUUUACGGACAAAAUACUAGAAUAAUACUAAACGUCUUUUUAAACGACAUUUUAUAAUCAUAUCAUAAAAUUCAUAUUAUAUUUGCCAUGUUCGCAGGUGCACGCACUGCGCUGGUCCACCUAUGGCUGAGAUUUCUGGUUCAUUAUCCGUAAUAAGGAGAAGAAUAACAACGUGCAAACAUUAAUACUGUUUGCACUACAAACCAGUGUGUUCAUUAUUAAGAUAAUACAUUAAAAUAAUAUGGUAAGACACACCAAUUUACCAUAUCAAGCAGCAAAAUGAGAAAAUUUACCACACUCCUAUGGGGAAAAAAUUAGGUGGAUGACAUGGAACUUAUUCUUGAGAAUAUUGUCAUUGUUCCUCAUUUAAUAGGAUUUUCCUGUGUCUUCAGUUUUACUUUUCAUUCUGAUUUUUUGUAUCCCUUUAACUCACACCACAGUUUCCUAAAGACAUCAUCCUUCAGGAAGUGACAAGUUUUAGCAGGUUUUGAUGAAUUUUGUGAAGUUUUAUUGGCUUGUCUUAUUUAAUAUUCCUAUCCAACAUUCGACGAUGAUUUUAGAGAAAUUAUUAUUAUGAAAAUCUCAAAGAAUAGUUUAAAUAGAUAAAUAAAUAGAAUUACGUAUGGGCUUGUUAAGUGAUGACGUAAUGCGUCCAACGAACGCUGUUUCCGGGUCCAAACCCAAACUCAUUUCACUAUCUCAGCAGCCGUUUAUAAGCACUGUUUAUUUAUAUUCAACAUUUAUGCUAAACGCUUUUAAAUUAACGGUGUACGCUAACUUUACCGUCUCUGUGCUCACAACGUCCCAACACAAAUAAUUUAUAUAUUUAUUUAUUUAUAUUAUAUUUUCAUUGUAUGACUAUCUGGGACUUACGGUAUGGAGUUCAAGGGUAACGUUAUUAUUAUAUUUUUAUUGGUAGUAUUAUAUCACAUUGUUAGUGUAUAAUUAGUACCGUUUGUUGUUUUCUCAUGUCAUCUGACAGAGCAUUUGGAUCCGGAAGUCACGGAAGAGGUGACGCUUGACGUCAGACUUAACAAGCGAAUAUUCUUUGAUUAGAAACAUCUACAUUUAGCGCUGUAUUUCCAUAAUGAAGCUGUAAUAAAAAAAAAAUCUUAAACCUGCAGGCUUACCUCUAGAAGUCCUAUAGGGUCAUUCCGUGUUAACGGAGAUCGCCGGCUUAAGUUUUUGAUUUUGCUAAUAUUUUUUUCUGAGGAAAGAUAAACGUGUAUAGUGAUGAAAGCCAAAAUAUUAAAUGUCAUGGAUGUGUAUUUACUAAAUAUAUAUAGGCAUUUUCCACCUGAGAUUAAAAGGCAAUUUAAGGGGGUAAAAAUUAUUUUAGAAAGUUUGCAGCAUCCUCAUAUUAUUUUUUACACCGAGAUUGGUAAUUCUAUUAGUAAAAUCUGUUGACUUCAGCAAUCUUUGUUACAUUAUGUGCCUAUGAUGACCAUUCAAAAAUGGGGAAACAGCACUUUUCAAGUUUUUGCUCCAAAGUUUGCAUGUCUGUAUCUCAAGAAGUAUUAAAGAUAUUUUAAUGUUGGUUCUUAACAAACUUGAAUUCUGGCGUCUUAAUUUUUUAAGGCUCCACAUGGUUCGGUUCCAGAGGUAUUGGAAUGUCAAUAUGGUUCCAGGGGAAAACCAAAUGAGACUUC